AUGGCAGAAUGGCCAAAGACUAUGACAGGUCUUCCCAGCACAUCCGGGACAACUGCCAGUGUGGUUAUCAUACGGGGCAUGAAGAUGUAUGUAGCUCAUGUAGGUGACUCUGGGGUAGUCCUUGGAAUUCAGGAUGACCCAAAGGAUGAUUUUGUCAGAGCUGUGGAGGUGACACAAGACCAUAAGCCAGAACUUCCCAAGGAAAGAGAAAGAAUCGAAGGACUUGGUGGGAGUGUGAUGAACAAGUCUGGAGUGAAUCGUGUAGUUUGGAAAAGACCUCGACUCUCUCACAGUGGACCUGUUAGAAGGAGCACAGUCAUUGAUCAGAUUCCUUUUUUGGCUGUAGCAAGAGCACUCGGUGACUUGUGGAGCUAUGAUUUCUUCAGUGGUAAGUUUGUGGUGUCACCUGAACCAGACACAAGUGUCCACACUCUUGACCCCCAGAAGCACAAGUAUAUUAUCCUGGGAAGUGAUGGGCUUUGGAAUAUGAUUCCACCUCAAGAUGCCAUCUCCAUGUGCCAAGACCAAGAGGAGAAAAAAUGCUUAAUGGGUGAGCAAGGACAGUCCUGUGCCAAAAUGCUUGUGAAUCGAGCACUUGGCCGCUGGAGGCAGCGCAUGCUCCGUGCAGAUAACACGAGUGCCAUUGUUAUCUGCAUCUCUCCAGGAGUAGACAGUCAGGGGAACUUCACCAAUGAAGAUGAGCUCUUUCUGAACCUGACUGAUAGCCCUACUUACAACAGCCAAGAAACCUGUGUGAUGACUCCUUCCCCAAGUUCUACACCACCAGUCAAGUCACUGGAAGAAGAUCCAUGGCCAAGAUUGAACUCUAAGGACCAUAUACCUGCCCUAGUUCGUAGUAAUGCCUUCUCAGAGAAAUUUUUAGAGGUCCCAGCUGAGAUAGCUCGAGGGAGUAUCCAGACUGUAGUGAUGACCUCAAAAGAUUCAGAGGCCCUUGAAGAAAACUGUCCCAAAGCCCUGACUUUAAGGAUUCAUGAUACUUUGACUAAUACCCUGUCUGUUGGCCUUGUGCCCACCAAUUCCACAAAUACCAUCAUGGACCAGAAAAAUUUAAAGAUGUCAACUCCAGGUCAGAUGAAAGCUCAAGAAGUUGAAAGGACCCCUCCGGCCAAUUUUAAAAGGACAUUAGAAGAAUCCAACUCUGGCCCGCUCCUGAAGAAACACCGACGAAAUGGCUUAAGUCGAAGUAGUGGGGCCCAGGCGUCGAGCCUCCCUGCAGCAUCCCAGCGCAGGCACUCGGUCAAACUGACCAUGCGGCGUAGACUCAGGGGUCAGAAGAAGAUGGGAAAUCCUCUCCUACAGCCGCACCGGAAAACUGUGUGUGUGUGCUGAGAUGGACCUGGGAAGUGGGGUUCUCCCUACGUAGGAUGUGAGGGCUUUUUAAAUUUGGUGCCGAAGUUGAACUUUUUUUUAAAAGGGACAAAAUAAAGAGUAUACAGUUAGACUUUUUGGAAUUUAACAGUUUUAUCCUGGCCUUGUACUUGCCUGUAUUAUAAAUGUGAAUUUUGUAGAUGUAGGGUAUAAGUUGCUGUAAAAUGUGUGUAAAUUUGUAUCCUUUACACCAGUUCAGUCUCUUACUCUAACACACAGUAAUUAUGACAACAGGGCUAAUGUUGAAGAAAAAAUCAGAAGAAUCUCUAAGAUUUUAAAUGUGUUUAAACUUUUUAAAAUGCUUAUUACACACUUGUAUACACCACUUGUGAAGAACACAUUACUUUUUAAAGAAAAUUAGUAAGCAAACUGGAAAAGUGAUGUAUUUUCCUAGUGAUCUGUGCUCCACUUAAUGUUUCCUAGGGACCAUUAGUGUCUUUUAAAAAUAUUUUAUUUCUCAUUUCAUAAUCCAUAACUAAACAUUUCACAGGAAAAGCAUUGAGCCACGCUAACGUAGCUGAUUUUAUUCUCCUUGUCCACUUAAUACCAUGCAGUAUCUCUUGACUUCAGUAGCAUUUUUCUAGAACAGUACACCUGAUGUGCUUACUGAAAUCUCUGGCAUAGAAGGAGGUGUGUUUGCUUAAAACACCAUCAUUUGUCUCAGAUCAGUGGCAUUAGGACAUAUAGUUACUCUCUUCUAGUGUUUGCUUAAAAUACGUGAAGUUUUUCUAUUGCUGUUUUAAUCUAUUGCUAUUUCAAUAACAGAUGGUGCUGCUAAUCCCAACAUUUCCUAAAUUAUUUUAUAUCAUACAGUUUUCAUUGAUUAUACGAGUAUGUCCAUCUAAUAAAUCAGUGAACUGUU